AUAUUUGUAAAACGACGAUGCCUGUUGCAAUUCUUGGUACACAAAUUACUCUCUGGUGUUUCGACUUACAAAGUAGUUCUAAAUUCAAAAUCUUAAUUGGAGCUGAUAAUGACAUCGACGACCUGAAGGAAGUUAUUAAAGAAAAAUGUGGUUUUGCUUCUCCCCUGUUUAAAUUGUGGAGAGUUAACACGAAUCGAGUUGUGGAAGAAAUGUUAAAUGACGAAUUAGUUGAUACAGCACAGACAAUUGGAGAAACUUUUUAUGGUGUUGAGGGAGGCAACAUUCGAGUUGCAGUUAACGCUCCGGAGCAACUGGUUGCUGCUGGCACGAAAUCCUUAGACCGUGUAUAUAUAUUCGUAGAUAACUCUAAUUUUUUAAUACAAGGAGAGUACUACAUAUGCCGUAAAAAACCACUGGACUACCUUUUAAAUAAUAAUCAAAUCGUUUUUGAUUAUGGACUACUUUUUAAAAGAAUUAAGGGUAACCGUGAAUUAGGGAAUAUCCCGGUCAUUGUGGGUUCCGAGAUCUCGCCGGACGACUCAAUCUAUAAAGAAGGAUACGAUAUUAAAGUGUUUGAACGAAAUUGUAUUGGAAAAGAAAAAGGUGUCGAUAAUUUUAUCACCCUUAAAAUGGCUAAAGCGUUUUAUAGAGAAAGCCCCGGUACAUUAGUUCUAAUCGCAGGAGAUGGCGACUAUUUUGAAACAUUAUUAGAAGCUGUCAAUUUCAAAUGGAAAGUCGAAGUCUGGUUCUGGAAGGGGGCAUCAGGUUACAUCAAAGGUGAAGCUAAGAUACACUAUACACAACUUGAAACAUGCUAUAAGUUUUUUGUGUAUGCAACUGGAGAUAAUCAAUAUAAUAUGGAAACCCUUGAGUUUACCAGUGAUACUAUGAUUGAAGAUAAAGAGAUAGUGGAAUGGCUCGCCAAUUUAAAUUUAUUCAGUUGGAUCAAUCGGAAAAGUGGGACUACUUACUUAUAUUUUAACGAUGCAAGAGAACUGAAUAUCGCAAAGGGAUGGAUUAUGAGAGAACACAAGGAAAUCGCCAUUUGGGAAAAGCAAGUACAAAGAAGAAAACAAACGCAAAGUUUCUACAAUAGAGGAAAACAAACGCGAAAUUUCUACAAUAGAGGAAAAUGAAAUAUUAGAACAUAUUUGUUAGGGUUCCGAUUUUACCGAAAUGUUUCGUGAUGAUCUGUUAUUAAGUUCUUGUUAGAUGAACUCUAACUCUUCCUCAAGCUAAAGACCUGAAAAAGUUAUUUACCGAAAUGUCUUUAUUCGGAACCCUAAUAUUUGUCAAAAAAAACGAUUGCUUAAAAGUUUUAUUUCAGCAGUGUAGGUUGGGAUAUUUAAUCACAAUAACAAUAUUAAACUUGUAUAACAAUUGAUUGUAAAAAUAAUAAAGUUUGCUUAUAUUUCAU